AAUUGGCAUUGGGUUGGAUGACCUUCUCUAGCCUCACCGCCUCCGGUGGCUGUUUCUUCUCUGUUCCCUUCGUCUCUCGCUGAGAACCAAAGCUUUAAGCUCUUCGCCUACACCAUUCUCCCGGAUUAUAUCCGACAUCAAUCUCGAUUUCCACGACUAUUUCAGGAAUCCUGUUUGGUUUUCCGGUAGUCGGAGAACAGUAAAUUGUGUUCGCCGACGUAUAUUGAGUGGGAAGGAUGGCUACAUAGGGCGAGUUUCAUUCGUCCGGUGAAGUGUGCAACGAGGUAUACACAUGAAGUUGCGAGAUGGCCAGAUGGGACGAGAUUUUUUCUCUUCCAGUACAGAAUCCUCCGACCUUGGAAUUUUCAUCUUCUGAUCUUGUGUGGUCAAAGGUAGAAGGAUGGCGUAACAACAUGGAUAGAGUUGCUGUAAUCCCUUUUGCUAGAGUUGAUGAUUUCGUUCGCGGUGAAUCUUCAAAUAAAGAAUGUCCAACCAGAUUUUAUGUUGAAACAAGGCGACGUCGAGCAUUGGAAGCACCGUUCAAGGCAAAGGUUGAUGGUGUGUUGGAAUACAUUUUGUAUUGGUGUUCAUUUGGUCCUGAUGAUCAUAGGAUGGGGGGAGACAUACGACCCAGCAGAAAUACUUAUGUACCGAAGAAGAAAAGUGCUGGGCGGCCAAACACUAAGAGGGGUUGCACCUGCCACUUUAUUGUCAAACGCUUAAUGGCUGAACCGUCUAUUGCACUGAUCUUAUAUAAUGAAGAUAAGCAUGUUGAUAAGACAGGGUUGCCAUGCCAUGGUCCUCAAGACAAGAAGGCUGAGGGUACUCGUGCUAUGUUUGCACCAUACAUCUCUGAAGAUCUUCGCCUACGUGUAUUGUCGCUUCUAUAUGUUGGUGUUUCUGUGGAGACCAUUAUGCAGAGACAUAAUGAAUUGGUGGAGAAACAGGGUGGUCCAUCCAACCGUGAUGACCUUUUAACCCAUAGGUACGUAAGAAGACAGGAGAGAAGCAUCAGGCGUUCCACUCAUGAACUUGAUGAAGAUGAUGCAGUAAGCAUCAACAUGUGGGUUGAAGGCCAUCGAAGCAAUGUUUUCUUUUAUGAAGAUUUUACUGAUAUGAACAACUUUACUUUGGGAAUUCAAACGGAGUGGCAAUUGCAACAAAUGAUACGAUUUGGCAAUCGUGGCCUACUUGCAUCAGAUUCCAGGUUUGGAACAAACAAGUUGAAGUUUCCAGUUCACAGUCUGGUAGUAUUCAAUUUAGACUACUACGCAAUUCCAGUAGCCUGGAUUAUAUCACCGAGAUUUGCUAGUGGGGAUACCCAUAGGUGGAUGAGGGCUCUUCAUAGUAGAGUUCAAACCAAAGAUCCGUCAUGGAAGUUGGCUGGCUUUGUUGUGGAUGAUCCUCUUGCUGAUGUACCAACAAUAAGGGAGAUAUUUCAGUGUUCUGUUUUAUUAAGCUUUUGGCGUGUCCGCCAUGCAUGGCAUAAAAACAUAUUGAAGAAAUGUGCAGAAAUUGAUAAGCAAGCUGAGAUAUUAAGACAACUUGGGCAAGCAGUGGACAGAGUUUGCCAAGGUGAUGAAAACGUGGAUUCAUUUGAACAGCUGAUUAAACAUCAAAUUGAUGAUCCAGAUUUUAUUGACUACUUUAAGGCAACCUGGUGUCCGAGACUAGGGAUGUGGACUACUGCACUGAAAAACCUCCCACUGACCAGCCUCGAAACGUGUGCUGCAAUGGAGCUUUACCACAACCAGUUGAAGCUCAGAUUGCUGAAUGAGAAAGAUAUUGCUGUUUAUCAGCGUACAGACUGGUUGGUCGGCAAGCUGAGUACAAAGGUACAUUCUUACUUUUGGCUUGAUGAGUACUCAGAGAAGAAUAGUUUUUCUCGGUAUUGGAAAGAUGAGUGGAUGUGUGGUUUGACAUAUUGGCGCAGAGCAUUGAGAAUUCCAGACUCUGAUGUUAUUCUUGAAGGUAGUACUGCAAAAGUUACCGAACAAAUUACUCGAGACAGGAAACUUGUUGUCUGGAAUCCGGGUUCACAGUUUGGUCUUUGUGAUUGUCGAUGGGCAGAAAUGGGUAAUCUAUGUGAGCAUAUGUGCAAAGUUAUUAACAUAUGCCGUAAAAAAGGGACUACAAGACCAUCAGUGAGCUUAUUGCAGUACCAGAAGGCCUUGAUUGACAUGCUGCGUUGUCCACCUCAUGAUUCUUUAAUACGUGAUCAUGCUGUAUCCCUUGCAAUGUCUGUCCAGAAGAAGUUGAAUGCACUAAUCCGUAUGGAAAGCAACCUAGAGUCUAGGAGUUCUUUCCGGGACCAUAUGAUAAAAACCCUGGAAUGUCGAACUGAUAGGGAAAUAUCUACUGAAGACGCACAAUUUCUGAGGGAUAAUGUACUUAGGGACAAGUCCGAGUCGAAUCAGCACGAGAUUGACUCUGCCUCUGGACAGGAAGCUUCUAAUAAUAUUACUGAUAAUGCUAGUAGUGAGCUCGUUGAUUUAACUGUGACUGGAAACCGUGUGGGUGGUAAAACUCCUGGGGAAGAAUUCCCUUGUACAUCGGGUACUCACCAGCUUCCUAAAGUACACUGACUUGUCCCUUAGUGGAAAGACUAACGCACUCCUCGAGAUAUGAAUGAGGCUCUGCAGAGUUGCCCGCCCAACUCCACUUACUCUUGUAACCUCGGUUCCUUUUUCUGAAACCUACAUUUCACAUGAACUGGAGACUUCCUCCUGAUGGAUAUCAAUACGGCAUCGAUCUACAUAUCACCACCUCCUCUAAAUUCUGUUGAAGAGGUUGUAGGUAGCAAUUCCUUCCGACAAAGUAAAAAUAUAGUACCAACUGAUAUGGAGUACGAAAAUCUACCUUCCAGUUACAGUACCAUCUGUAAUUUAAAUAAAUUUGUAGACAAUCAGGCUCAUCAUCAAGAACAGAUAGAAGUAGAUCCACCUGCCAGAUAUGAUGUUUUUCUACUUUAAACUCGGAAUAUGAAAGCACGAGAUUCUUUCUGCGUGUCUGGGUAGUGUCUGAUCAUCGCUGCCUGGGAUACUCAACUUGCUGGAUGUUCCUACAUGAAUAUGAAUUUUUGUAUACUGACUUUACAAAUAAAGUACCAUUGCACA